AUGAACGACUUGACCAACGACCCAAAUUUUUUGAAGUUGGCACCGGAGAACUUUACCGUUCAUAACGAUGAAAGUCCGAUGCUUAUUGAAACGUUCGUUGAACUAAUGAAACAUUUCUAUAAUAUGGGAUGGAUGCGUGGAAGCGGUGGAGCGAUGGGAUGCAUUUCCGGCAAUCGACUCAUGAUUUCUCCAUCGUCUUUGCAAAAGGAGAGAAUGAAGGAAUCCGAUGUCUACGUCUACGAUUUGAUUAAGAAAGCCCUCCAGCAGAAACCGAUUAAUCGACGUAUUACAGUAUCCUCAUGUGCUACACUUUUCACUUUGAUUAUGCAUCACACAGGUAGUGAAUGUGUCAUUCAUACUCAUUCCAAAGCUGCAAACCUUAUAACCCAAUUGAUUAGUGGGCCAACUUUCGAGAUUUCUCACCAGGAGUAUAUAAAAGGAAUCUACAAUCCAUUCUCUGGGCAUAAUUUGCGAUAUGACGACACUUUGGUCAUCCCAAUCAUCGAUAAUAAACCAUCGGAGAAUCAGCUUCUUCAACCAAUUGCUGAAACUCUCGACGGAUAUCCGCAAACUGUCGCUGUUCUUGUGAGAAAUCAUGGGCUUUUUGUUUGGGGACCCACUUGGGAGGCUACAAAGAUUAUGGUUGAAUGCAUUGAUUACCUUCUCGACCUCUCAAUUGAUAUGAUAAAGCUUGACAAACCAUUGGUAAAGGAGGAAGAAGUUCCAAAUGUUGCCGAGAGAUCGGAUUACUUGAAAACCGUGUUCAACCCAUAA